AUGGAAACGGCGUCGCGCGUGUCUCACAUGGAGUCUUCGACUUCCCGCGUCGUUUCGUCCGAUGCGGACUACCGCGCCUGGAAGAAAUUCCACUGUUGGAAGAAAGUCGGCUUUUUCGUCGCGCUCUGCGUCUGGAUCGGUGGGCUCCUCGGCGUCUUCGUCUGCUUUCUUCUCAUACGUUCCCCGAUUUCCUUCGUGUUUCUGGUCGUCGCUCUCGGCGGAAUGGUUGCAAUCAUCAAAAUGCCGUUUCUCAACUUCGACAAACGAUACAGGGAACCUCGGUGUAAGGGUGCAGGAGUGGAUCCUCACCUCUACAUGUUCCCAAACGUCCCCUACCUCUUCGUGGAAGACGAGACGGCUAUAACUCUUCGUCGUACCUGGUACGUGGUGUUGCCAGACGAAGCCACGCACCACGCGAAUUGGCACACGAAAAUCAAUUGCUACAUACACCGGGACGCAGUGGACGCGGUUCGAGGGAAGUCCUGGCACUUCAAUUCGUUCGCCCCAUCUCCGGAGCAGGGACUUCCUCCCUUCGUCCUCAAACGCAUCGACUCGGGAAUCCAGUCGAGGACUGACAUGGUGGAGGUUUUUCUCACGGAUUCCCCGAUCGUCUUCAGCCGCGACUUGAAUCGCGCACGAUCUCGGUCGCUUCUCCUUCCCUCCCCUUGGUCAAGCAGACGACCUAAUCGUACGCGAAGUCGGUCGCUUCUUCCUUCCCCCAGGUCAAGCAAACAACCAAACCGUGCACGAACUCGGUCGCUUCUUCCCUUCCUUGGAUCAAACAUACAAUCUCAUCCCGCCUCUCAGUUUCAGCCCGAAUUCUCAAAAAAUGUCAAGUCCGAUCUGGCUCCGAGCUACAAGAAUGCGACAAAGAAAUGGAGGAGAUCGACGACCACCGAGCAGCGAACUUCUGCUUCGGAAUCCCUCGAUUAAACGACUUCCAUCGAUACCACCUCUUCAAGGAAGACUGUUUGCUCCUGUGCUUCUUCCUUCGCCAAGAAGCUUAUCGGCUCUGUAGGAGAGUUUUGUUCCUGGAACUUACUGCCCGUUUUUUUCAGUCUCGUCUGAAAUUCCGAACAAAUUGUGAAAUACAUCAAGAAGCCGUAACAGCUUGUUAUUCGUAAAAAAAAAAAUAAGUCCACUCCUCAAAGUGAUAUGGGCAAAGGCUUCUUUUAACCUAAGGCAAGAACUGUAUAUUCGGCAACCGCAGUUGCCCAUCAGAUUCCACAGUUGUUUCGGGUAUUGCCUACACUCUGCGUCCAGCUCUAGAAAUCAUCGCAGACACUUUUAAUACACCACCGAACCGAUCUAGAGAGACGUGGCACGAAGGCGAAGGGCCCAUUUCAAGAGGACAAUCCGCAAGAGACCAUGAAUGAUCCUGGAGACUUUCAAUUUGAGGAGUGGAAUGGCGGAGAAGGAAGACUGAAAGGAACGGUCGCCGAAAUCAGAGAAAUAGAAUUGUCUCCGAUUGUCUCAAGCAUAUCAGAAAUUGCAAAAUGACUCAGAGAUGUUGCGGGUGAUGAAAAGUUUUGAAAAACGCCAGGAAGGAAGGGAGGAGAAUUGGGGGUUAGAUCGAUUGGAACAAAUCAGAUGGCAGAGGUUCUCUCGAAGGGGACAAUACGUCUGAAGAAUUUGGAGACUGGCGACAUUUCAUCGCAGGAAGAAGUUCAGACCUGAAGAAGUACUUCGGAAGCAACAGAACAGGGAUCGGCGCCGCCAGGAAAUUUCGGAAAGACAUGAAGAUCUUCCACGUUUUCCCAUUCAUCUUCCCCAAAUUGUCUGCAUAUCCAAAUGUAUUGGAUCGUGCUUUAUUAUAAU